CCCGGUAUGGUUGAGAAAUUGGCUCUUGGGCUGAUCAGCCUACUGCUGCUGGUGGACAGUCAACAUCGUCUGUUUAGUGUGGCGUUAACGAUCUCUAGAAGACCAUUGCAGCCUUUCGAAGGCCAAAGCUGCAACACUACGACCGUCUCAUCCGGAGUCUGCACGAAGGAAAGCCAAUGCGACCCGGCGUUCCUGCAUUUCAUGAAAUAUCACGAUUUCGUGGAAGUCUGCCAUCAGAACGCUUUCGAGAAGGUGCAGUGCUGCCAAUCGUUUCUCGAUCUGUGCAAAACGGCACUCAACACCAGCUACCACAUUUAUCAAGGACAACACGCGAAAGAGGGAGCAUUUCCUCAUCUUGCCAGGCUAGGUGCUACCACCGAGGACAACACAACCAAAUGGUAUUGCGGUGGUAAUGUAAUAUCGGAAAAGUUUUUGCUCACCGCAGCGCACUGCUCUCGGGUUCGUAUCGCUGGCUUCGGCUGCCAUGACUCUUUACCUUGUGAGCAGAAAAUACCAAUAAAGGAGUUCGUUAAGCAUCCAAGCUAUAAGAAAUCGUUAAAGUAUCACGACAUAGCUCUGGUUCAUCUUGAGGCAGCUGUAAGGUUCGGGAGGCGCGUUCUCCCCAUCUGCCCGUACAGCAAGAUGGAAGACCUACGGUCAACGCAGGAUCUGUUAACUGCCGGCUGGGGUCAGACGGAAAAAUAUGCAGAAUCGCCUCAAUUGAUGUUCGGAAUAGUACGCACUGUAGCGGUCAGCGAUUGUGCGGAACGUCACCAAGCACUGCCAGAAAUACUGAACCGAAAACUGGACCGGGGAGUAACGGAUGAGAUGUACUGCGCCAUUGGCGAGCAAGGCCACAACACUAGCGAUUUCGUCGACUCCUGCCAGGGUGAUUCCGGUGGUCCGUUGCAGAUGGAGUAUCAAGGAAACGUAUUUUUGGUCGGUAUAGUUUCGACAGGGCAUGGCUGCGGUUCAUCACUGCCCGCGCUGUACACUCGUGUUUCGUACUACUUUGAUUGGAUCAAUGAAAAGAUGACCCAACUACAGCAGAUGGCGGGUGUUUAAACUCACAUUACACAAAUUUUUUAAAAGUUUCCUUCCAAUUCUUUGAAUGCAUAAAACAGUGAAAAAUAUUACAAAAUGUUCCUCAGUAUCGAACAGCGCCAAGAUGUUGCGGCUGCAUCAUGACGUUCAUACAGGAUGAAUGUGCAGUACUGUUCUUCAGUUGAAACGCAGUUAGCUAGGUGUUUUUAAAUUGUUUAUUAUUCAAAUAAUAUUUACACAAUUGUCACAGAUGCGACAUAAUCUCGUGGGUACAUUGCUCGAUGGUGGAAAGUUCUUUUCUUACGUUCCAGAUGUUCAAAUUUGUUCUAUGCAGCGAUGAAAUAGCAGUGAAAACUGGUUUAAUGAUCUUUGCGCUAUUAUUUAAAGUAAUAUCUGGUUUUCUUUCGAAGAAGUAUCGUCGUUGACUUUUCCCUAGAUUCUCACAGUCUGGCUGGGAGCAGUGUAAUUGGUAAUCAAAAUUAACGUCAUUUAAUUUUAUUCACUCAUUUAAAUGAAAGAUUUGUGGAAUGCAUUCGUUGCUUUAUGUUAUUGUUGACUAAUAACUAAGGUUAUUGUUUAUCAGUAAAUCGUUCGAUGACUUUAAAGCAUGUCUUUGCAUGGCAACUUUCAAUCAUUCCCUCAAUCAAUGUCUUUGAUAGCUUUCAGUUUAUGUUGUUUGGUUCCUUCAGCUCAUCGUCGAUAGGUACCGGCACGCUCUUGGCGCACCGGAAGCAUCCUCUGGCACAUUUCUUCAAUGAACGAAUCUUAUAGAUGACUUGUUCCUAAACAGACGAGUCACACAAAUUACAUUCAUUUUUGUUUUACACAGUCACGGACACAGUUUUUUCCUAACACAACCUACCUGCAUCAGAUUGAAGCACAUUGCAAUCAGUGCCAUACCAAGAAGUAAGUAAACUGCACAAAGUAUAAAACUAAUUUCCAUCUUCGUAUCGCCCUUGGUCUGUAGCUGUUGAGAUCGGAAUUCGGAAGAGAAAGAACCGAGAAAUGAAAUAUUAAAAAAAAUUAUAUCAUUAUUAAAAUUAAGAAUCAAACUCUUAAUGAUUCCAUUUGUGAGUAAUUACAUUACAAAAGGUAAGGUAAUUAUCUCAAAGAAUAUUGGCCUGGUAUGCCGGAUCUGGACUCGUUCCAGUUUUCGUUAUUACUGAAAUCUUACCGAAGCGCCCGGAACGAUGUCCCCAAAGCCUAUACUGCUCAGCGAAAUGAAACAGAAGUAACUUCCAUCGAGAAUGUCCCAGUUUUCCCAGUCGGCGAAAAGGCGGGCACCGAAAAAUAUGUACCUACAAUUGUGCCAAAUAGGAAAAAAAAACCCACAACAAUUACCGAUGAGCAUUUGAACCGUGAUCGCUCACGCUCACGACUCACCCUAUCAUUAUCAUAAUACAAAUAGUUAUUGGAACGGUGACGGUGUUCGUCUCGGCAGUGAUUUCAUCCUCAAUUUCAUCAUCCACAUUGGAGGUUGUGAUCGUAGUGUUGUCGAAUCCAUUUUCCCCCAUUUCCGGCUACCCGUAGAUUCCGGCGUUGAGGCGAUAAUUGGCGGUAGACAUCGUCAUCAUGCAGCAUCAUUGAACAUGGCAAAUCCAGAGCAUGGCAGGGCACAUCGAAAUAAGAAAGAAAUACAAAUCAACAAUUUAAAUUUGAUUAACGAGACAGCAAAAAUAUAGGCGUCACCUAUAUUACAUAACAAUGUGCAACGGGCUCCUGGCCGCCUUUGUGCCUCUUCGGCCCUUUGAAUUACUCUCUUAAUAGUGAUUGAAUUGAGAUUUUAUUUAGAAAACCUUUACACAUAGCUAUGCGAAGCUUUGAAACACAUUUUGUACAAUUUUUCGGUUCAUUUUGAUCGUAAGUUUUAGUUGUCUAUGAAUCGGGUAGCAAAGUUUUAGCUAGACAACGGAACUUACUUUAGUUUUGUUUGAAAAAAUGCUUUGGAAAAUUCCUUGGUUUUCGGAACAGAACAUGGAGAUGAAUAUUGAAACGCGUAACGUACAAAAUCCGAAUACGCUUUAACUAGUUUAACAGUUGCAUAAUCUUCCAUAGCUAAUAUCCUUGCUAGUAACACUGUGAGAUAGAUUUACUUCAAGAACUGUAAUCAUUUUACUCACAGAAUAUUCGCGCUCCUCCGUGCGUGCUCUUCGUCUGGCACGCAUCGCUCGUCUCCUUGCGACGCCAGGGCAAACUCGGCACAGGCAAAACUUGGCGUAGAUCCAUUUGAAUGACUUCGCCAAAAUAUCGCCUUGAGUUGGCGGGUGCGAUGGGCAAGAAAAGCAUGACAAAGGAACAAUCGGUUAGCUGAAACUCUAGCUUAUGGUUUACGGCACAAGGGUCAACCUUCGGAAUGCAACCGUACCACUUACCUAUGUUGGAAAGAUAAAGCAGAAACAGCGGCAUGCCUAUUAUGGUAUAAAAAAUGGUUGCAAUUUUCCCCCAUUCCGUUCUGGGGACAAUAUUACCGUAUCCUGCGGGACGAGAGCGCAAUCAUUUAUUGGAUCGUUUAAGUUUAUUUCAUAAAGUAACACUGUACAGUCAACCAAAUGAGCGAUGGAUCAGACAUUAAGAGUAACCUACCCUGUACUGUUUUAUGUUUGUCUCACGCUAAAGGUAGAAAAGCAUGUUUGUGGAAAACAAACAAUAAAGUAAGAGCCAUGGUUGCCUAUAACUGGAAGAAUGUAAGCACACGAAAUGCGCAACGCAACUCACCUAUGGUGGUGAUAACUGUUAGCGAGUAAAGAAAUGCUCCGGAAAAACUCCACGGCGACUCGCUCUCCAGCGUAAUAUCACUACCCUGCCAACCGCGACGGGCCCACAGCACUAUCUUCUCUUGAUAGGCGCGUAUUUCAUUUCCCACUCUGUAGGCGGAGAAAAUAAAGUCGUCGUUGAAAUGUGUGCCACCAGCGGAAAAUGAAGGGCAGUAAAAUGUGGAAGCAUGCAGUUGCACGAGCAAUUUAAGCAAAACUUGACCACUGUGGCACGGAAUAUCCGUGGAGGAACUAGCUGGUGACUAGCGACCCUCGCAGAACGCGUUGUUUCGCCACCGACAGGUGUUGUCGUGACCUACGGUUAUGCGCAGGGACAGCAGGAGGUGCCAAACGAAAGCGGGGCAUGUGUGUGACUCACUUCUCUUCAAAGACACUUUUGUUGAAUACGUUCACCUCACAGCAGGAUAUUUGCCACAGUCUCAUAGCAGUCUCGUUCCUCUUGAACGGUAUUUGAGCAAACCUUUCCAGC